AUGUCCCAGAGCAGGCAUCGUGCCGUGGCCCCACCACUUGAGCACAAGGACAGCAGGACCUUCAGUUUGGGGAAGAUGAUUACAGCUAAACCAGGGAAAACACCAAUUCAGGUAUUACACGAACACACCGUGAAGACCAAGAAUGUCCCGGUCUGUGAAUGUGAAAGAUCUGAUGUGCAAGUACACAUACCCACCUUCACCUUCCAAGUAACUGUUGGUGACAUAACCUGCACAGACUUUUUUUUAACCUUACUUCAGGUGAAAGGUACAAGUAAGAAACUGGCAAAACAUAGAGCAGCAGAGGCUGCCAUAAACAUUUUGAAAGCCAAUGCAAGUAUUUGCUUUGCAGUUCCUGACCCCUCAAUGCCUAACCCUUCCAAGCAACCAAAGAACCAGCUUAAUCCUAUUGGUUCAUUACAGGAAUUGGCUACUCAUCAUGGCUGGAAACUUCCUGAAUAUACCCUUUCCCAGGAGGGAGGGCCUACUCAUAAGAGAGAAUAUACCACAAUUUGCAGGCUAGAAUCUUUUAUGGAAACUGGAAAGGGAGCAUCAAAAAAAAAUGCUGCUGAGAAAAAAUUUCUUGCAAAAAUUCAGUAAUAUUUCCCAGAGAACCACAUUUCUUUAAGAAAUGUAGUGGGACUUUCCUUAGGAUGUACUUGGCAUUCCGUGAGGAGUUCUCCUGGUGAAAAGAUCAACUUACUGAAAAGAAGCCUCCACAGCAUUCCAAAUACAGAUUAUAUCCAGCUGCUUAGUGAAAUCGUCAAGGAACAUGGUUUUAACAUAACAUUUUUAGACAUAAAGGAACUAGAAAUUGAAGAACAAACAAAGCCCAAAGUCUGUAGAAGGAAAAAAUAUCAGAGUAGAAAUGAAUUAACUGGAGACUAA